AGGUACUCGACUAUCCCAUAGACUUAUAUUACUUAAUGGAUUUGACUUACUCUAUGAAAGAGCAUAAGGAGCAACUGGUCGAACUGGCCGACAGUAUCGCCGUUCACAUGAAUAACAUCACCAAAUCGUUUCGGCUGGGGUUCGGGUCGUUCAUCGAUAAGGUGGUGAUGCCGUACGCGUCUAUGGUUCCGGCAAAGCUGGCCAACCCGUGUACUGACCAACAGGCCUGCGCCCCGCCCUACGGCUUCAGGAAUCACCUGCCGCUCAGUCAUAACAUAUCGCGUUUCGCUGUGGAGGUCGGCUCCACACCGCUGUCCGGCAAUCUGGACAACGCUGAGGGCGGCUUCGAUGCCAUUAUGCAAGUGAUUGUCUGCAGACAUCACAUCGAUUGGCAACAGUUGUCCCGUAAGAUCAUACUCUUCGCCACCGAUUCCACCUUUCAUUACGCGGGCGACGGAAAACUCGGCGGUAUUGUCGACCCAAACGAUGGUGAAUGUCAUCUGAGCGACGACGGCCUCUACACCGAGUCUAAGGCACAGGACUAUCCAUCGUUGGCGCAGAUCAACCGAGUGGUCACCGAAUCCAAGACAAACAUAAUCUUCGCGGUGCCCGACGACAGUAUCGCAGUCUACCAACAGUUGAGUGAACACAUUCCCGGCUCCACAACCGGUCUACUGAAGGACGACUCGUCAAACAUUGUGGACAUAAUACGAGACAAUUUCCAGAAACUGGCCUCAAAGGUGGAGCUGAGGGACAACUCUUCAGACGCCGUUCAGAUCCGAUACAUAUCGUCGUGUUUGUCGGCCACACACAAGAGCGAGACCAACACGUGUCACAACGUGGGCAUCGGGCAGACCGUGGAGUUCGAUGUGGAGCUCAAAGUGACCAAAUGCCCGGUCGGCGGCGGACGCGAGACGUUUGUCAUUACACCGAUCGGUAUCGACGAGUACACAGUCGUCGAGUUGCAUGUGAUGUGUGAAUGCGAGUGCGAAAGGGAACCGUUGGCCAAACCUAACGCCACCCAAUGCACGGCUGAGGGCACGUAUGCCUGCGGUGUCUGCGAAUGCAAUCAGAAUCGGUUUGGGAAACGGUGCGAAUGCGAUGGCAAUAACGCCUAUCGCGAAGAUAUGCUCAACCAAUGCAGACGGCACGGCAACCAAAGCAUACUAUGCGCUAAUCGGGGCGAUUGUGUGUGCGGUCAGUGCGAGUGCCACUCCCGACCCAAUCCGACGGAAGUAAUUUCGGGCAGAUUUUGUGAGUGCGACACCUUUUCAUGCAAUCGCGACCCCAGAGGCCAGGCCUGCGGUGGACACGAACGGGGCUUCUGUUGCGACGGUAACUGUCAUUGUGUGCCGGGAUGGUCGGGACCCACGUGCGAGUGCAGCACAUCAAAUAACACAUGCGUUUAUGACGACAAGUCGGAUAAGUUAUGCUCCGGACACGGAGACUGCCGGUGCGGCAAAUGCUAUUGCAAUGAAGGCUAUUACGGACAGAUGUGCGAGGAUUGUGCCAGUUGUGAGGGCCGGUGCAACGAAUUACAGCCCUGUGUUGAGUGCAAAGUAUUUAAAUCCGGUAAUUACUCGCCCGUUGAAUGUCGUGACAAAUGCACGUUUGACUACCAAAUCGACCCGUCAUUA